AUGGUUAGAACUAGAGGUUUGGGUCGUGCCUUAGGUAAGGUUAUAAGCAAAGCCUUGGGGAGAGAGGAUGAUCAUCAUUCAGAUGAUGUCCCCCAGCGGCGAAGGCCUACAGCAUCGGCACGUAGGCAACGGGAAGCUGCCCCUAUUGUCGAGCAUGAGCCUGUGGUAGCUGCAGAUGACCCUGUUAUAGCUGCAGAUGUACAUGCACCUGGUGCAGACACUGGUGAUGAUGCUGAGGGAUUUCCAGGUGGGCCACGUGACCCAUCAGUGCUUACCGAGUAUGCUAACCAUGUUGCAGUUAGCAUAUGGAAUGGAGAGAAAUUUGGUAGGCCUGCUCAUGAAAUUGAGGGUCUAGUUGCUGCCAUAAGACUAAGUUCUUUGAUCGCGUGUUCAGUAAACACUAGCAAUCGGGGACUUAUAUUCGCGUUUGUGGAGAAGUGGCACAGGAAAACUAGCAGUUUCCAUCUUCCCGUGGGAGAGGUUAGCAUCACCUUGGAUGAUGUGACAUCUCUGCUUCAUCUUCCAAUUGUUGGUGCCUUCCAUACCUUCGAGCCUCUGCAUGUCAACGAGGAUGUGUUGAUGUUGGUUGAGUUACUAGAGGUAUCCGAAGAGUGUUGGAUAUAUGAGCACUUUCCAUCAGUUGCGGAGUGUAUGGCUGAUCCGGACUACGAUGAGGUGUCACCACGUGCAUGUCAGUGGAUUGCUACGAAGGCAACUGAGUAG